GCGUCCCAGAACGGAAGUAUAUUCUGUGUCGUCGUGUUGUCCGUGUCUUAGUGUACCGUGCGCCCCCCCCCCACUUACAAUGCGUACGCGAGCCCAGAAGCGUCAAAACAUGUCAGAACUGGCGCAGCAGUUGCAAAGCCGUCUCCGCGCGCUUGAGGCUGCGUCCUCCUCUGCGCCAUUGAGUCCGCCGGCAUCGAAGAAGCUUAAGACCGACGAUAUCUCCGCGUCCCCCUUGCUGCUGACCCCGCACCUCCCUAAACCACGUACCCCCACGUUGAGCAUCCACAAGACCACGGAGAAGCCCACAGAAACCAAAUCGAGUGGCGUCCAGCGCGUGAUUCCAUGCAGGACUCUUCAAUACCCGGAGCCUGUAAUUUCAAAGCCCAUUGAGAACCCCAAUGCAGUGCUACAGCGUAUCUGCUCCGGUCAGGUGCUAUGCAAAAAACGGCCAAUUGUCGGGCGUGCCAAGGAGCACCAGAUCGUCCGUGACGUCUUGAAAGGCGAUGCAAAGGAAGGUGGAAGUCUCUUCAUCAUUGGUCCCCCAGGAACUGGCAAGAGUUCGUCAGUGAAUGAACUACUGAUACAACAGGGCUACGAAUCAGCAGAAACUACAACAUUGAAGCGGAAGCGAGCUGUGAAGAGCAACAAGAUCUCUGUAAAACUGAACUGCAGCACGUUCACAGACCCCGCAGUUUUGUUCGCCGCAGUGAUGCAACAGGUGAAAAAUGCAACAAGCUGGAAAGUGCCCGAACGACUGGAUCCAUUGGAGAUGAACAGGUUCAUAGCGAUGCAACAUGACGGAUCGAAAGCGAAGAAAUACUCGAUUGUUGUCGUGCUGGACGAAGUGGAUCAGCUGCUGCGUCUUCCCGUGCGAAUGCAGCCGACAGUCAAGGAAGUGCUCCAUUUUUUCGUGCAAUGGGCUGCUGCAUCACCUCAUAACGUCAAGUUCUUGGGCAUCAUGAACGGUGUCGACAUGUACGAGCAAGUCUCGCGUGUUCAUGUGACUAGUGAGAAUUCUACCGACUCGCACGUCCCUCGAGUUGUUUUCGGCUCCUACACGCACCAAGAUCUAUUGCUGAUCAUGCAGAGCUACCCCCGUGCACUUGAACUUGUCGCCAGAAAAGUGGCAGCUCGUGACGGUGACGCUCGUCUUGCCAUCAGUUUACUCCAGCAAUCAGCUCGUCAUGCGCUUCAACGCUCUAGCAACAUCGAGAAGGCGCCAAUUGUAGCGAAGGUCAUGAUGCGUGACGUGUUCCAGUGCGUGACGUCGAUGUUGUCGUCUCCGAUUGUCCAGCAAAUCAAGCAGCUACCAAGACAAGCCAAAGUGCUACUCUACGUGAUCACAGCGCUCGCCCCUGGUAGCACUGACAACAGCGGCGUCAAGACAUUGCAGCAGUGCGAUAUGAACCAGGUCAGCGAAGAACUCGGACGUCUACGUAGCCAGCCUCAAACUACCUGGAUCCCUCGCUUGUCGCGCGAAGAACUGCAGACACAUCUGAUGUCACUCGACUGCUACGCACUCGUGAAACAAGGAGGCAACAAGAACGGCAACAAAGCCUCUCGUCCCGCUGCAGCCAUGUCCGUUCGCACAUUUUGGACGACAAAGCUCUCGUCGUGCGUGGCAAAGUCUGAAGUCUCCCGAGCUCUACAAGACGACACGUCGCUCUCCCAACUACUAUUCUAA